CCGGAAGUUAUAAGUGUGUUUUCCAAUUCUGUGAGAUGAAUGCUGAAAUGGUACUUUAUUCAUUGUUUAGGCGUUUUUAAACCACGAAAAUGGCGUGGAAAAGCAAAGGUUCCCCUCUUCUCCCGGCGUCCUUACAGCUCCUGGUUCCUCCAGUGAGACUUAUGUCUGCUUUCAUAUGGCAAGUGGUGCAGCAGCGCAGUGUGAUGCAGUAUGACAAGCUGGUGGACUUCAUCAGUUUGGUGACAGAGAUCGUCCCAGAGCUCCUGAGUCCCAGUCAGAGAGCUCAGCUCAUCCUGGGCCUGAGAGCAAGGCUGGUUCUGGAGCUGUGUCGUGGUGAUGCCGUUGCCAACUUGCAAACCAUCCAGAGCCACCUGGAUAAAAUCCACGCCUGUAGUGUUGAACUGAGCUCCACCGAGCAGAUGGCCAGUGGUGAUAUCCUGAAGACCUCAUACACAAACUUUGCCAGCCUGGUUCAGAAGCUUUUGAAUGUUCCUUUUGAAAAAGAGUUCUUCUUCCAAGAAGUUUUUCCUGCCAACUACGGCUCUGCCUAUGACCAAAAACUCCAGCAGCUGGUGUCCGAGUUCCUGUCCAGGCUGGAGCAGCUGCUGCCCAUACCAGACCUGCAACAGACAGCAGCGUGGCUCACUGAUGCAGCAUCUGUGUCAGAAGAAUGUGGACAGCAUCUGUCUGAACCCUUUAGUCUGAAGAAUCUGCUCCUUCAUCACAGGCAGCUGGGCACUCUCAGCUCAGCUGCGUCAAGCAAUGACGACAACACUCUUCUGUCCACACUAGCCCUCCCUUCUCAAACCGGAGUGGGGAAGUUCGCUGAGCCGUUCAGUGAGGACAACGAUGAUUAUUACAGUGAGGAAGAGGCUCUGGCACUGGAGGAUUUAGAAGUGGAAGACUCGAGUCAAAGCUCAGACGUCACUGCAGAUGAUUGGCUGCCAAACAAGGAAACAGGUCCCCUGUCACGUUUAUUCAUCUGCCCUCAGUGUUCGUUUGUUCACCGCUUGAAGAGGAAGGUCCAAGAGCACAUGCAGAGUGAGCACCACAUAACAGCUCCCGUUCAGAAAAAAGUCUCUGUGAAAAAAGCCAAAGCAAAGACUCAGCAGAAAACUAAAGACUCGAGCACUGAAAGGAAGAAAGCAGGAGGUAGCCUGGAGAAGAAGAGAAAACGCAAACAAAAAGACAGUGAACGUAAGCAAAAGAAAGACAACUUGGAAAACAAGGAACGACGGAGACGGAAAGAGCUCACGGGAGAAGACAAAAGGUUUCUGAGCACGCGACCGGUGAACAAAAACUUCACAGAGGAAGAGACUAAAUGCCUGACGUGUGAAAAGGAUUUUGAACAUCCAAAUCAACUGAAGACUCACAUGAAGCUCCACAGUUUCCGGUACUGCUGCGUCCAAUGUGAGAAGGGAUUCACCAGCCCAUCGGGGUAUUAUCAGCACCAGAGACUCCACAAGAGAGGACGGAUAUUCAUCUGCAACCAGUGCAAUAAGGGAUUCCUGUGUAAUUAUUCGCUCAAGCAACAUGAGCGCCUGCACGAAGGCCCUUCCAACCUGUGUACCAUCUGUGGGAAAAGCUUCAGCAAAGCAGGCAUAACAAGACACAUGCAGAUGCACAGAGGGGAAAAGAAUUACCUUUGCACCACAUGCGGGAAGUCGUUUUUGUCUUCAGGGGAGCUGCUGCUGCACACCCGGUCUCACACGGGUGAGACGCCGUAUACCUGCACCCACUGUGGGAAGGGUUUCUCAAGCAAGAGUCACCUGAACGUCCACACGCGCUCUCAUACAGGGGAGCGGCCAUACCUGUGCUCAGAGUGCCCGAAGCGCUUCCUCACACUGAACUGCCUGAAGAGGCACACACUCAGUCACAAUGGGGUGAAACCAUUUAAGUGUCCAAACUGUGAGAGAGAAUUCUCCCAGCAGGGGAAUCUGAAAAGACAUUUGGCAACUCAUAAACCUGACAUGUAAUGUGUAGCUUUAACUGUCAGUUGUCAGAAAUCAGAAUGUUGUCAUGUAUAGCUUUUUUUUUUGAAAACUGUAAAGGCAAAGCCUUUGUAUAGUAAAUAUUUUAUUCAUCAUUUGCAGUGAAGGGAUGUGAAUAAUCAGCCAAUUUCUUCUUUGUUCAUAUGAUCCUUGGAGAUGUUCACCACUAUAAGAUGUUGUCAUUUCUAGCAACAAGUGUAAAAAGUAAAGGCUUUAAAAUUCUA